CUUAAAACGGUGGGGAGAGAGCGAGAGAGAGGGUGAUUCCCAAAUAAACCAACACGCAGCUUCACUCGCGUUGCUUUGAGGAGGUAAUAAAGUAUCAUCGCAAUUUGUUGUUACCAAAAAGAAUGGCCCAUAACAGCGGAGGAGGAGAAAAAUGUGGUCAAUAACAUUUUAACCUGAGGGUUUUGACGAAUGGUGGAGACAGGUGAUAUAAAAACACGGUACCAUGUGAAUGGUUGAGGAACAUGAAGCCUGCACACAAACUACUGUUCGUCCUGUGUCCCAUGCUGGUCUUGGGGUUCAUCUACUACUCUUCUGGGAAGCUCCAUUUGCACGUAUGGGGCCAGAAGCCACAUAAAGAUGUGGAGCCCACAGUAAAAGUCAGUAAAGUCACUAGUGUUUCUGUCAAAACCACUAAGACCAAAGAGCCGGUGGUGGAGGGCCCUGUCUCCGUGGGACGAAUAGUAGGCUCAGUGUUUGAUAAUCAAGGGUUCUUGCUGAAUCUGGACACAAGGCUGCCUCCGGAGUUGGUGUACAAGUACGGGAACCUCAGCGAAGGAGCCUGCAAACCCGGCUAUGCAGCUGCCAAAAUGAGUGCUAUCUAUCCAAAGUAUGAACAGAUUUCUUUAUUAACGGUCAAUACAAAUUUUAAGCUCUUACGUGUUUUUGUUUCAUCCCUUUGUUCUUUCUUGUUAUCUCUUUCUACAGAAAGAAUCAUAGAUGUUAUAUUAUCUGCCACAAAGAAUUAUGGACUGGGUCCAGAUUUAGAUAGUUUGAGUUGUAAAAGAUGUAUUAUAGUAGGUAAUGGCGGUAUCCUUAGCAACAAGUCUUUAGGAUCCCGCAUCGAUGAUUAUGACGUUGUGAUAAGACUCAACGAGGCCCCAGUGAGUGGUUACACCAGGGAUGUAGGUACUAAGACCACCCUGAGGAUAACCUAUCCUGAAGGGGCCAUCCAGAAGACCGAGAGCUAUGAGAAAGAUUCCCUCUUUGUCUUCUCUGCUUUCAAACCUCUUGACUUUAAAUGGUUGAGACAGAUGGUCUUCAAAGAGAAACUGCAAGGAACAGAGGGCUUCUGGAAGUCUGUAGCGCACUCUGUGCCCCGGCAACCCUCAGAGAUACGAAUCCUGAACCCCUACUUCAUACAAGAGGCUGCCUUCCAGUUUAUUGGCCUUCCACAGAACAAUGGCCUCAUGGGUAAAGGGAACAUUCCAACAUUGGGCACCGUCGCCAUAACGAUGGCCCUUCAUAACUGCGAUGAGGUUGCUGUUGCUGGAUUUGGCUAUGACAUGAACACCCCUCAUGCACCCUUGCACUACUACGAAACAGUCAAAAUGUCUGCCAUAAAAGAGUCAUGGACUCACAACAUCUCAAAAGAAAAGGAGUUUCUCCGCAAGUUGGUGAAGACCAACAUUAUCACAGACUUAACCAAUGGGAUUUGAACCUCCCAAGGUGGGUGCCUUUCUAGGAGGACUCAAAAACGCAGAGUCCUGGGAAACCCUGGACCAGACAGCAUGGAGGAGCGAGAUUUCAGAGGUGGAAGUGAUGGCUCAGUUAAGAUGCACAUGUGCCUUCUAACCGACAGGCUUCCUCUGAGCGGGACGUUGAAGGUUUCUUGGAUGUCUCAGGAGACAAUCCUCGUUCAAGUAUAGAUGGAAGAUAUCAGAGACUUUGAGGUGACCAACACACACAGCGCUUGAGGAACGAGUCACAACAUUAACUGAUUGUGCCAAAUGUACCUCUUUCGGAGGAGAUGCCUCUCCUCUCCUGCCUGAAUGUAUUAACGGUGUAAAUAUCAAAGAUUUUUACGGUGCAUUUUAAUGAACUGCUACGACCCCUGGGGUUCUGCCUUCACAUGUAUUUCUCCGUCCAGGGCAAUCAGUGCAUAUCCUGCCCUAGUGUGAGGAAGGGCAGAGGCAGGUCUUUGAUUCAGCCCUUCUUCUGAGCACAGGAGGCUCUUUAUCUCCUGAAUGUGAGCUUAUUAUGUUACAGCUUCUUUUGUCGAAGAAAGGAGCUCAAUCUCUAAGUUAUUUAUUUUGGUGCACAGAUGAAGGCCUUUGUUUUUUUGGAAAGCUCUCUUUCCAAAAUUGAUUAUUAAAGGUGGGGUAAGCGAUUUUUCAAAAACGCUUUAGAAAACUGAUUCGGGUCGAAUAGCAAA